GGGAGAAACGCGGAUAAGUCGCCGAGCUGCGCCGGUGGCUUCUCCGGGUCUGGCCGCGUGAGGGGGGGGGGGGAACGUUGACCCGGCGAAUACCGACCUGAGGAGGGGUUUUUUCCUUCGGUCCCCGCCGAGCUAACGGGGCUUCCUUCCUCAGGAGCAGCGGCGGUGGAGGGUCCCCUUCAGAGGCGCCAUGACCUACCAAUGGGGCGUCGUGGCCGCCUUUCUCUACGGCGAAAUCGCCUUGUUGCUCCUGCUCUGCCUGCCGCUCGUCUCGCCCGUGAGAUGGAAUAAGGUUUUUAUGAUCUCUGUAUGGAAUAGAAUCGCAGCCUAUUGGAACAAGACAUUCCUUACUAUUAUAGUUAUAUUAAUUGUUUUAUUUCUUGAUGCAAUAAGAGAAGUGAGGAAAUACUCAACUGUUCAAUUAAACGAAGAUAAACCCCAUUCAAGCCUCACCUCAAUGGAUCACAUUCAGAUGAAACUCUUUAGAUCACAACGAAAUCUUUACAUAUCAGGAUUUUCUCUCUUUCUUUGGCUUGUAUUGAGACGUCUUGUUUCCCUUAUCACUCUAUUGGCAAAAGAGAUGGAAACAGAGAAGAUUCUGAAAAUAGAAGUAGCAAACAGCAAUGAAGCUGCCCGGAAAUGCUUAGAAGAAAACGAAAAAUUGCAACUGACAUUGAGAGAAGCUAAACAUUCUACCGGUGAACAUUUGUGUUUGAUAACAAAUGAGAAGCUAACCGUAGAAGUGGAUCAGUUAAAAACAGCAUUAAAGGCAACUUCAGAAGCUCUCUUCAUAACAAGAAAUGAAAUUGCUGCUGCUAAGAAGCACUCUGAAGAACUUAAAAAAGAAUAUGAGCUCCUUGUAAAAGAACAUGAAAAACUACAGCAACAAGCGGGGGCUUCUAGUAAGAAAGCUCUUUAAAGAAGGACAAGGACGUGCACAGCAACCUGAAUUGUUUAUUUGUUCAGUUUUUACUUUACAGGUAUAUAUGGAAAAGCUUUUGGGUUUUUAAAAAAAAAAAUAGAUUUACUGCAUUCAUUGCUGAAAUAUCAAAAUUUAACAAUUACCUAGACCUUUCUCAUUUUGCAGCAAUGUUUUUGCCAAAUCUACGUUAGCCAUGCCAAAAAGUGCAGUGAUUCCUUGUUGCAAACUCUGUUUGGUUACAAAAUACUGAUGAGUUCAUACAGUGGAUUACUGUUCAAACACCACGUCUACAUCUCGUUGGGUGCAAGGAACUAUAAAUACGUUUACACCCUUAAGUGGUACAAUGAAUGCCAAUAGGUAUUAUUUUUUUAAUCCAACAAGGAUGAUAUAAAUCAUUUUAAAGAAUUCUUACUGGCUACUCUGAUAUUUUUUUAAAGGUUGAUACAAAGUAUUGUUCUGAUGUGGAAAUUGCUUUAUACAUUACUUCAAGCAUAAAAUUAAGGUGAAUUAAAUCCACUUUGCUAGAAAUGAUCAGGAACGUCAUCAAAUUUGGUCAGUAUAAGAAUUAGCAUAGUGACGUUAUCUAACCAUACGGGUGAAAUUAGACAAUCGGUAGAAAUAAUGAAAUUGGUUCAAAGCAGCCUUUCUGAGCCAGAUGUUUUGAGACUGCUAUUCUUAAAAUUACCAGCUGAUUUCCUCAUUUGGGGAAUUCCUGCCCAACCACAUCUAGUGAAUGUCAUACCGGAGAAGGAUUGUGUACUUUAUUUUUAUAUAUUGAAGGAGAUCUAUAAAUUUAGUUCAAGUCUGUAAUUUUUUCACUUAACAUUUGUUCAAGAGUUUGCAUAGGUAUUUGCCAGGAUCUCAUGUUCCACUUUUUGUGGGGAGGGAAAUUAAGCAGUGUUUACUAAGUUGCCUUUUCUGUGAUUAAUUGCACUGUACUUGCGCUGGAUUGGAUUCCGACGUGUUUCUCCGGAGGAUACAACAGGUUUUAGGUAAAAGGGGCUCUUCUGAUGCUACACGAGAAGAUCUCUUAACCGUCCUGAGCAACUUUACAAAGAGAAUUUGCAAUUGAUGAAAAUUGUUUUACCAUUUGCUUCCGCUAUCACAGGGAAACGUUGCUGAAUACAGACCUGAAGGCAGCUUACUGCUUUCAUUAUUCCCAUUUGAAUGGGUUGCCUUUUCCACAUUUGUGUCACUAUUUUACUUGAAUGUUUGUUUCUUAAUAAAGAAAUGUUUAAGCUUUG